AUGUCUACCUUUGGGUACAGAAGAGAGCUCAGUAAAUAUGAAGACAUUGAUGAAGAUGAGCUCCUCGCCUCUCUCACUGAAGAGGAGCUCAAGGAGCUGGAGCGGGAGCUGGAGGACAUAGAGCCCGACCGCAACCUCCCAGUGGGACAGCGGCAGAAGAGCCUGACGGAGAAAACCCCAACAGGGACUUUCAGCAGGGAGGCACUGAUGGCCUACUGGGAGAGGGAGACCAAGAAACUCCUGGAAAAAGAGAGGUUGGGUGCAUGCGAGAAGCAAGAAGAGGACAAUUCGGAAGAACUUCAAGAAGAAUGCUUCACAGAAAGCAAUAGUGAAGUGUCUGAGGAGGCAUAUACUGAAGAGGAUGAUGAAGAAGAAGAUGAAGAGGAAAAUGAAGAUGAGAGUGAUGAUGAGGAUGAGGAAGUGCAAAAUGCUGCAGCUGGCAGGCAUUCUGACCAUGGCAAACACAAAAAGUGUAAUGGUGCAAAGGACAAUGAAAGCUUCCUCAAUGGCCAUGAUGGAAAAGACAGUGAUAAUCGGAGCUCAAAAAGCAAUGCCAUCCACCCUUGUGGAAAUCCAACAGUUAUUGAAGAUGCUUUGGAAAAAGUUAGGAGCAACGACCCUGACACCACAGAGGUCAAUCUGAACAACAUUGAAAACAUCACUUCACAGAUGCUUAUACAAUUUUCUCAAGCCCUGAGGGACAACACAAUGGUAAAGUCAUUCAGCUUGGCUAACACCCAUGCUGAUGACAACGUGGCAAUAGCUAUUGCUGGUAUGUUAAAGGUUAAUCAGCAUAUAACUAGUCUGAAUAUUGAGUCAAAUUUUAUCACAGGCAAAGGCGUGCUGGCCAUCAUGAGAGCUCUGCAGCACAACAAGGUUCUAACAGAACUGCGCUUCCACAAUCAAAGGCACAUCAUGGGCAGCCAGGUGGAAAUGGACAUAGUCAAACUGCUGAAAGAGAACACCACUCUGGUAAAGCUGGGCUACCACUUUGACCUUGCUGGCCCAAGAAUGAGCAUGACAAGUAUCCUGACAAGAAAUAUGGAUAAACAAAGGCAAAAGCGUAUGCAGGAGCAGCGGCAGCAGGAGUCAGGUUGUGACGGAGCUAUCAAUCCAAAGACCAAAGUUCUGCAGAAGGGGACACCUCGGUCCUCACCUUACGUGUCGCCUAAAAGCUCACCAUGGUCUUCCCCAAAGCUCCCUAAGAAAGCACUGCCAGUGAAAUGCCAGCCUUCAGCCCCUGCACCCCCCCCUCCCCUUCCCCCCUCGCCCCCACCUCCCCCUCCUCCUCCCCCUCCUCCCCUCCUGCCAGAGAAGAAGGCGCCUACCAGGAAUAUAGCUGAAGUCAUCAAACAGCAAGAAAGCUCAAAAAAAGCCUUACAUAAUGGACAGAAAAAGAAAAAGGGCAAAAAACCCAGAAAACAUGAGAACAACAUAUUGAAAGAAAUUAAAGAUUCUUUAAAAUCAAUCUCAGACAGAAAAUCAGAGGAAGGCUCGCGACCCUCCACCCGGCCAUCCACCCCACAAAGGUCUCUCCACGACAACCUUAUGGAAGCAAUUCGGGCAAGCAGCAUAAAGCAAUUAAGGCGGGUGGAGGUACCAGAAGCCCUUCGGUGA